ACGACGUGAUGGCGUGCAGGCAAACGUGUGGUUCAUGAGUGGGCUAAGGUACGUUGGGGAGUGUUUGAAGAGUAUGGGAUAGCUGAGGACCAGGUGUUUCCCCUCGACUCUGCCCAGACGGCCUCUAACACAGAUAACUCCAGCAACUGGCUUCCCAACUACUGUGCUAAUGCUGAUCUCCACGGAGAGUUCAGGCAGCAGUGUGAGUUUCCCAGUUGUUCCUUUAUCCUGGAGGAGGAGCAGAAUGCAACGUCGUCUCUCCUGGCCUUGUACACCCCGGCGUCUGUCACCAGCUUCUGCGACAGUGACACCCACAAGUCACUCUUACCUAACAAGCACAACGCUCAGUGUGGCGGCCAAAGCGUCACGACAGUUCUUCAAUAUCACCACGACUUCCAGAGGACGCGUGUUCCUAUGAGUGACUUCAGUAUAAGGUUGUUGUUCAAGCAGUACUCGACUGAGCCCCUAAUUGAGUACGUCAUACUUCUAGAUGUCACUGAGGUGAUGAGUAACGAUGUACUUCAGGAGAGAUGGACACUACUGAAGGCCGCUCUCCAGCAGUGGAUCCUCACUGACGUGCUCCUUAACACAUCCCUGGGGAUAACCACCUUCACCACCACCACUGAUCACGUUUGUCUGAUGACCAUUGUCACUCAAGACAACCGUCAACAUAUUGCAGACUCCUUGCCGGAAUCACCAGAUAUUACUGAGACAAUGAAAAAUGUUGCAUACGCUCUGGGGGAUGUGAGCAAAUACAUGGAGCAUGGUACCAUCAUCAUGGUAGUCAACCCUGGUUAUGUAUCUGAUUCUGCGGAAGCUAUGGAUAAACGCCGCCGGAAGUAACGUAGUAUGGCCCAUCUUAUUUCCGGUUUCUGCGCCGCUAACCAAUACUCCUUUUAAG